AUGAGCGCCGACAUUGAGAAGAUUCGCGCAACUCUGCUAGCAGUUCGGGACGCUUGUGACCGGAUUCCCGUCGAGAACUGGGGCUUUGCCGAAGAUGUCCUCGAAAAGCUGAAGGAGCGAAAAUUUCAAGCUGUCUCCGAGGCGAUGCCUGAGGAGGAACAAAAGAAGGCAUCGAAGAAGCGCAAGCACCAACUCGCAAAAACACUGGGUGUAGUGCCAAAGAAGGUGGGCGAGGUGAUAGGCUGGAUGCGCGAUCAAACAGAGUUCAAGGAUACGGAAGCACGCAAGCCAGAUGUGCAAGCGUUGAAGAAGGCUGAAAAGGCAAAGCAACCCGAGAAAGCCCAGCCAAAGAAGGGCGCAGACCCGAAGGAAAACAAGGCUGAAGCUAAGAAAGAGCCGAAGAAGCCCGCCACCGCAGCGAAGCAAGAAGAGGCUAAACCAGCCGCUAAGGCCACUAGCUCGAAAGCGGCAGCAAGCGUCGAAAAGCCUGCUAAGGUCCCCGAAAAUCCAACGGUGAAGGGCAAACCGGAAAAGACCAAAGCUAAGAAAACCGAGCCUGAGGUUGCGGAGGAAAUGGACACUACCGAUGCAGUCCCUACAUCGGCCGAACAGAAAAUUUCGCAACUGAAAAUCAACGAUGGCGACUCUUCAGAGGAAUCCCAUGAUGAAGAAGACGUUGAUAAGGACCUGCAGCAAAUCAAUGGCAAGGGCAAAUUUGGCGGGAAGCACAUGAAGCGGAAGGGAGCGGCUGGUGCUUCGACAACUGAAAAUAAGCUCAUCAAAAUCGAGAACAGUGAUGGAACAAUCGAUCGAAAUGCCACCCGCGAAGCUACCCUUAAAAAAUUACAAGAGAAGCUGGAAGGGUUGAAAGUGGCCCGAAGAGGGAAAAAGGAUCCCGUUAAAUUCGAGAAUGAGCGGAAGUUGAAGCGUCGAAUGUCAAAGCUGAAGCUCAAGCAACGACGUGCCGAUGAGAAGGAAAACAAGCCCGCCGCCGAUGCACCUGAAGCCGCCGCGAAAGCCGACACAACCAAGGCGCCAGUGAAGCUGGAGAAUGUAAAGAAGGAAGCGCCAAAGGCCGCGGAUCCUGAGUUUAGCUUCAACAAACUCGAUUUCCUGGUUAAAAACGCCGACAAGCCGCUGACGAAAAACGAGAAGCGCGACAAGUUCACCGGCAAGGACUUCAAGCGGUUGCUCGAAAAGGCCGAGAAACGGCAAGAGAGGAUCGAUUCGAUUAGAACCAAAAACCCCGAAAAGGCCGAAAAAAUUGAGGAGUCGAUCAAGUGGAAAAAGGUUUUGCAGCAGGCUGAAGGGAAGAAAGUUCGUGACAACGUAGACCUGCUGAAGAAGGCGAUGAAGCGGAAGGAAAAGACGAAGGAUCGCACGAAGAAGAAGUGGGGCGAGCGGACGACUGCUGUUGAGGAAAAGGUAGCCAAGAAGCAAGACAAGCGCGACACUAACCUGCAAAAGCGCAAGGACGACGUGAAGAAGCGGAAGAUGGACAAGCUGCGCAAGAAGGGCCGCAUUUUA